UGCAAUGAUAAAUGAUAUAGCUGGACUCAUGGAGUUAAGAACUUCUUACCUCCAUGGCUGGACUAGCUGCACAUUGUAAACAAUAAUAUUUACUAUUAUUAUUUUUUUGGGUUUUGUACCGAAGUUAAAAUUACGGCUCGGGAGUUUAUCAACACGUUCAAAGUGCAAAUCGUUUAUGUAUUUAGUGGUUUUAUAGUGAUAAAAGUUACCUAGCGUAGUGAAACAGCCAAAUUAUGGCUGAGGAAAAGGAGAGGAAUACAGGAACUGGAUGGUGGGACUCCUGGUACAAAGCAGCGAAGGAUAAGUCUAGCGAGGUCUAUCAGUUUGUGAAGAGAGACCUGGAUGAGUUCUCCUCGGCUGUGAAGUGUGAAGCGAGCAGUGUGGUCUCCACCACCACUACCGUGCUCAAGGACAAGUUGCGACUGGACGAGCCAACCUCAACCGCCAACACGGUGAAGAAAAGUGUUUCCUCGUUCUUCGACACGGUCAGCAACGUGCUCAACCCGUCCCCGGACGAUGACGACCAGGAGGCCAUCGUCAUAUUCGACUCUCAGCCGGUGUCGCUCACCAAGCUGCAGAUGAAGCAGCGCGAGCUGGUGCUGAACCCCGACACGUUCCUCGCGGACCCGGCGGAGACCCACGGCAAGCAGUUCGAGGCGUGGCUGGAGAUAGUGGAGGACCAGAUGGGGGCAGAGCGCCUGUCCCGCCUGCUGGCGGUCAGCCCCGACCUGCAUGGGCAGUACACGCGGCUGGUGCCCGACCAGCUGAGCCACUCGGUGUUCUGGCACCGCUACCUGUUCCGGCGCGCGCUGCUGGAGGACGAGGAGGCCAGGCGCGAGGCCGCGGAGAGGCGGGCGGAGAGGGAGAAGCAGGCCGCCGAGAACUUCCGCUGGGACCAAGGUACGGUCGUCGCCGGCGGCCCGGCAGCAGGAGCGUGUACUGCCGUGGGAGGGCGCGGUGGGUACCAGGGCGUCCGCAGGUCACCGAAAAAGGUGGACUGGGGCAAGGAGGUGGAGCUGUCGGAGGAGGAGCAGACGCGGCUGCUGGCGGAGUACGAGCAGGAGUGCACGGCGCGGCGCCUGCGCGGGGACCCCGACGACCCCCUGGCGGGCGGGCAGCCGUGCGACGACCCCCUGCGCGUCAGGGAGCGGCGCGACAUGGUCAUCGUGGGCGACUGCCACACCUCCUCCUCCUCCGGCGACAAAGAGAGCAACGACGACGACUGGGAGCGAGAGUUCGACCUGGAGGAGGGCGAGGCAGACCCCGCGGCGGCCGGCAAGGCCAGGCCCCAGUGACGGGCCGCCUGCCAGCCUGUCCACACUCACACCACGGGCGUAUCCUGCGCUGAGUCCUCACUUCAAGUGUACAUAGCGAAACCCCUGUUUUUACUUUUUCCGGCCUGCCCGGGCGUGUACAUAUGGAUUUCAGUACUUCAUUUGAUGACUGGUUGUAACUUUGAUGAGUAGUAACUAAAUUAUUUGGAACAUGAGUGUUUAAAAGGAGUUGGAGGGACUGCAAGAAAGAAGCCUGAUUUCCUAUAGUGUUUCGAACCAUUAUGUCUCAUCAUUUGUUUGAGUUCAGUUGUUUGUUUCUUGCAUGGUUUCAAUUUGUGUGUCAUGUUGAUAAGACUUUUGUUAAAGUAAAACACUGUCAUUGUAUUACAUAAUUAUUAUUGCUAUUUAGCGUUGGAUAUUUAAGGACUGUUAUAUUUUAAAUCUUUUAUUUUUAAUUAAUGCAUUUCUUGUGCUAUACUUGUUUCAUUGGUUUGAAAAUGAAAAGAUAGCACAAAGCAAUUUUCUUACAAUUUUAAUUCAAACUUCAGUAGCUAUGAAGUUGUAAAUAUACAAAUAUAGCUAAAACUUUGGAACCUGAAUUUUUUAUUAUGUUCAAAUGUUUAUAUAAGUGACAGUAAUUAGUUAGUUAGUAUUUUUAUCCAUGGUAGAAAGACAUCAUGUAUUUAUUCAAAUAUAAAGAAAAUUUUUGUGUACAUCAUUAUUUUGAAGAUAAAACUUUGAUUUUGCAAGUAACUUACCUACUUUAGUAAUAUACGUACUAUAUCUAUGUCAUUUAAAAAUAUUGGGUGACUUGUGUUAUGAUUUUUGACUAUCAAGAAUAAAGUUAAAGGACAUGUUAA